UAAAUAUCACAGAAGUAUAAAAUAAAUAAUUAAUAUGACACUUUACAAACACCGCAACUUGGUGGCAUAAUAAAUGAUGACGUUUGAUUGACGUAAAAAGUGACAACAAUCCAUAGUCGGUUAACGUGAAGCCGAACUAGCUCGGGUUCCCUUUGCCUAUAUCUUCCGCAAGAUUCCGACGAACAUUGGCAUAGUUGUUUAAUAACUGAGCUGCAAGCGUCCCUCGUCAGCACAUUUUUCAUGGUCGUUCAGAAAUGGAUUCCAUCAACGAUAUCCUUUUAAAACUACAUCCAGACACCGUGACGACUGUAAGGAAACUGUACAACCUGGAAAAGAGAGAGGACUUAGACAGAGCUAUCGAUGCGCUCGAGGACUGGCUGAAGAUGCAACAUCACUUCACCAAGAGGGAUUUCCCUCGAGAUUUCUUGGAGAGAUCAAUAAUAAUGAUGAAGGGAUCGGUGGAGCGAGCGAAAUAUCAAAUAUCCAAUUUAUGUUCAAUGCGGGCGAUGUAUCCUAAGUUUUUUGACAAAUAUGACGCAAAAAAUGAUUUCAAUAAAUUGGAUUACUUUGCAUUUAGUGCCUAUUUACCGAAACUUACCCAAGACCACUACAGAGUUUAUGUGCUGCAUGUUACCAAUGACGGCAUUACACCAGAUAUUUUGUUGGAGUGUUUCAGAUUUUGCAUUCUGAAAUGUGAAUACAUCAAGGCGCAUGAUUAUUGCACCGGUACUGUAACCAUCUUGGAUUACAGGAAAAUUAAUGUGCCGAAAUUUAUAGCAGCUAUAGACAUAGCAACAUUCCAUCAAUUCCUUUGUAUUUUAAUGGAAGGUUAUGUCCUAAGGCUACAAGGCAUCCACAUAGUGACAUCAUCGAAAGCAAUUGAAGCAUUCGUUAAAAUAGUAAAGCCUAUAUUUGGACCAAAAGUAUCUAAAAGAAUUCAUAUCCACGCAAAAAUAGAGACUGUGUAUGAUUAUGUACCUCAAAAUAUAUUGCCUUCUGAUCUUGGAGGGAGCGAGGAAUCUAUGGCUGUGUUACAAGAACAAUGGAAAGAUGUUCUUGGUACGAAAGAAAACGUUAAUUACAUGCAAGAGAUGAGCAAAGCUGUGUCCAACAAACCGUACAAAUUAAAAGAUAAAUACGAUUUGGAUGGUGCUGGAACCUUCAGGUCUUUGUGUGUUGAUUGAUUAUAUUAUGUUUCCAAUAGUUAAAGUAGUGUUUGCAAAUUCGACUUUACAUUUAAAUUUCCAAUCGCUUUCAAAAAAAUAUCGUGAUGUUGACCUUCUUUUAAAUAUAUGAUAACUUACCGCCAUUUUCAAUCAACCAUGCUUCUAUGUGCCCUAAACAUUACAAACUUGCAAAAACACAGUAUUUCUAAAUAAAUAAUGUUAUAAAAGUGAA